ACAGGCACCUUGAAGUAUGCGGGCGGAAUCCGGGCUCGUCCGGUGUCAACUAUUUAUCGAUUAGCAUGUGCCUCAUCAACAUUGCACUUGAAGCAGAGAGUGGAAGAGUUCAAGAGCAGCCGCGAUUCGCAUUCACAUCCCAAUGAAUUGCAGAUAACCAGGCGCAAGCAGCGCUGGUUCGUUUCGUUUGCAAUAGUUUUAUUUUGUUUGUAGUUUGGCAAAACCGGGGCUGAUUGUUCUUACAGUGAAGUUUGCAUUAUCCCAAGAUACAAAUUUUACUUCGUUUUAUGAAAGUUUAUGGUUACAUUUAGGACAACAAUUCCAGACUGUUGGUUAACAUUUUAGUCGGGUGCAGUAUAUAGUUUGCAAAAAACUUGGUGCGUCGAUUUCAGUUCAUCUUUUGGUUUUGAAUGAUGUUUGUUUUUGCGUUGGCAGAGUCACCUGUAAAAGCAAGUCUUUGUUAAUACAAACGAGUCUUUAGUAACGUGGCCGAUGUUCUAAGCGUGAGGGGGCUUUGGUUUGCACAGACCAGACUGACAAUGGAUGGUCGAUCGGCGCUGCCUCCCGCCCCGCUAGUGGAAUCCUGCCUUACGCCUAAUCCUGCCACCUUGCCCAUUUCAAUGGGCGGCGGCUCCCUGCUGCGACCGCCGGCGUUGCUCCUUCGAGCCGCCGCCGCUGCAGCUGCCGCCGCGGCCGAGCGUUACCCCCGGACCCCGAAAUGCGCCCGCUGUCGCAACCACGGCGUGGUGUCGGCGCUGAAAGGCCACAAGCGCUUCUGCCGCUGGAGGGACUGCAUGUGUGCCAAGUGCAUGCUGAUCGCCGAGAGGCAGCGGGUCAUGGCCGCGCAGGUGGCGCUCCGGCGGCAGCAGGCGCAAGAAGAGAACGAGGCCAGGGAGCUGCAGUACAUGUACGCCAGCGGAGGGGCUGCCGAAGCCGGGCUGGCCAUGGCAGCGGCUGCAGCAGCCGCCAACGGCAUCAUCCCCGUAUCCAGAGCCGGCUCGACGCCUUACGAGAUCUUUGGAGCUGACUACCAUAAGCAGAAAGAAGGAGAAAAGCUGUCCAAAUAUGAGCUGUUCUACAACAGUCUGGUGAGCCGCUCGGUUCUCCAACCUUCACACUCUAACACCUCCGAAACUGACGGGUUGGACACCAAUCUGAAGGAUAAAGCAGGAAAACCCGAAGCCUUGGACAACGAUUCGGGCCAACUCUCCUCUUCCCCAGAUCCGCCGUCGGAAAGUGCGGACAGCCCUCGCUCGGCGACUCCCUCGGAUGCCGAGUCCGGGAACGAAUGCGACAAACCCCCCAAAGGGUUGGCCAAGGUUAUGGUCAACCUACCCGGCUCUUCCUCCAAGCACAGGGCGCCCAUUGACAUCCUCAUAAAAGUUUUCCCCAACUACAAGCACGAUAAAUUAGAGUGCAUUCUGGCAAACUGCAAGGGAGACGUUGUCCAAGCCAUUGAACAGGUACUGAACGGGAAGGAACCUGGUGGACAGAUCAAAGAUGUGGACCGCACCAUAUCCGAUUCCGAGGAGAUUCCGCGAUCCUCCCACAUUACCUUAGCCGGACUCUCUGGCGGCUCCAUUGGCACCAAGUCUGCUUUCUCUCCGCUACAAUCCGGCGCCGUUUUCGGAGGGCCCGCUAAUCUGUACGGAUUGAACCCUAGACUUGGCAUCAACCCACUGCGCUUGGCAUACUCGAGCCCUAGCCGAGGGCUGCCAACGUUCAUGUCACCUUAUGUCACUUCUGCUCUGAUGCCAACGUUACCAUUCCGUCCACCGAUGGACUAUUCCUUCCCGGGCAUCGUGAGGGAUAUUCCCUAUUUUCAAAACAAAGACUCGCUUUGCUCGAGUGGAUUGUACUCCAGAAUUAAUCCCGAAAAGCAGUGACUCCGAUGCUCGUGAGAUAAACUGAUGCCGAGGUAAUUGAGCAAUAAACAUUGAGUAUACAGAACGCUUGAAUGAAAUAAAACCCAAUGGUAAAGCCGAUUCGAUCUAAUCUGUCUUGCUCCAAAUUGCACAAAGGCUUCACUAGAUAUUAACAUUAUUAUUUUGAUACUUUUAAUUACUGCGGGCAACUCCACUGUGCUGAAUAGAAUGGAAAAAUAAAUCUUGCAUUAGAUUACAGAAAUGUUGUUGAGGAUAAUAAAUGCACGGAAUCGAUGUUUCUUCUCGUCGAUUGACCUCAACGCAACGUGAGACGAGAUAGAUUGAGGUCAAGAUUACGGCAGUACUUGAAACUGUAAUUAUUCCUAUCCAGGGCCAUUUGUCAACGUCCCCCCCCCCCCAUCUCCUCAUCACCACCAGCGAGAUAUGCAUUUUAACGGAAAUCACGGAGUUUAUAAUUUCACGCCUGUUUGUCAGUUUUUGAGUGAGAGAGACGCACAGCAGAUGCUUCCAAUUUUGUAACGAAGAAUCGGGAAGACCUAGAUAUAAUCGAAUGAGAGAGCAGACAUCAGGGGUCGUCCAUUGGUUAUUGCAUGAGUUUUCGCACGGUGUACAAUCUAUGUUAAACAUAUUAAUUACAUGCAUACGCCAGAAUAUGUAGAACUGGAGACCUUGAACAGUACAUUCCUUAAUGAUGAAAUGGGAGGACAUUCCCCAUAUUGCCACGUGGAGCGCAGUUCAGUUUUACUUUAACAUUUUGGGACACGUUUGUGGGACUCACGCUGUAGCCGGGCUCACUGUGAGCCCACUCCUCUUACCGGAGAUCCUGGCGCAUUGAUGCAUUGCUCCAUUACCUGUUGAAAAGGCACUCCAGAAAGAUUUUCGUUGACGAGGAAAUGUCUUAGGCAGAAAUAAACAAUGUUUUUUAUGGACUCGGAUCCACAUAUUUAAGAAGUGUGCGUUGAAGUGCCUUAUUUCGAAAUAUCGGCGCCAAGGAUAAUUUGGAAAUGGGUACCCUAUGUUUUUCCACUACAACUUCAAACUCCUGUAGUCGAAUGAGGCGAUGCUGUGCUUCUGACUACGAAGACAAAACUUGUAUUUGGACAAAAACUGAGCGUCUUUACUUAUUUUAAAUGCAUUUCUGUCCGUGAACAUCCGCCCUGUUUUAUACCGCACAUAAGUGGCGUUGCUACAAUGUAAUUUUUGUUUUAUUCAGGGAAGUGCGGCUCAUUGAAAAUGGUUAACCGUGACCAGCUGUACUCUAAGCUACCAAUGUUUUGCUUCGCUGGCUCUCCGUCCGCAGGUUCAGUUAAGUCAUGAGCAAAACCUGGUCUUAAAAGGCGAGCCAUGUACGGGGAGGCAAUGUUUUCAUUCUGAAGCCCGGUUGCCGCCAAUCGGUCAGCUGUCGUAUAACUUUGCAUAAUAAUUUUCCAAGUUCGAUGUCAUUGAUAAGAAAGGUUGUAAACAAGAAACAAAAUAAAAUCACUAAAACAUACCAGCAGCUUGGUGUUUGUUCAAUGUUCAUCAUCACGAUGUGGUGGAUGUAUUUGUAUUUUGUUUUUGUUUUCAGAUUCAAUAAUUUCCUCACAAUAAAUAAACACACACAUAUAAAUAAUGGUCUG